AUGGUUAGUCCUAAAUUGAUAGGGGUUGCAUUGUUUGUUCUACUUCUCAUACACGUCAGCAUUGCAAAAAGGACAAUAUCGAGCUAUGACGGUGAUGAAAGUGGAGGUAGCGACGGAGAUGGGUCUGGUAUGUCUAGUGGAAGUGGAAACGAGGGUUCACAUAAAGGAGGGCACCAAGAUAAAAGUAGUAGUGGAGGCUCUGGAUCUGGAUCUAGUUCGGGAACCGGUUCAGAUGAUGGCUCGGGAUCUAGUUCAGGAAGCGGUUCAAGUGGUGGCUCUAGUUUAGGGAGCAGUUUAAUUGGUGGCUAUGGAUCUGGUUCAGGUAGCGAUUCAAGUGGUGGCUAUGGAUCUGGCUCAGGAAGCGGUUCAAGUGGUGGCUAUGGAUCUGGUUCAGGUAGCGAUUCAAGUGGUGGCUCUGGAUCUGGUUCAGGAAGCGGUUCAAGUGGCUCAGGAUCUGGUUCAGGAAGCGGUUCAAGUGGCUCAGGAUCUGGUUCAGGAAGCGGUUCAAGUGGUGGAUCCGGAUCUAGUUCAGGAAGCGGUUCAAAUGGUGGCUCCGGAUCUAAUUCAGGAAGCGGUUCAAGUGGUGGCUCCGGAUCUAGUUCCGGAAGUGGUUCAAGUGGCUCAGGAUACGGUUCAGGAAGCAGUUCAAGUGGUGGGUCUGGAUCUAAUUCUGAAGGCGGUUCAAAUGGUGGUUAUGGAUCUAGUUCUGGAAGCGGUUCAUCGAAUGGUGGCUUUGGUGGAGGUAAUGAUGGUGGAAAAGGUAGUGAUGAAGGAAGUGAUGGUUCUGGAUCAGGUUCUGGAGGUGGUUAUAAUUUACGUAAUUGA